AUGCUGUUUAAUCAUACAAAAACCAAUGGUUGUUGGAUCGAAAAUCUAACUUCGCAAGUUGUUACCACAAAUUUUGCAUUUUUACCCGGUUUUUCCAUAACACUGAGUGAUCCCAAUGAUGUCACAUGCCCUUCCGAUAAUCCAAUGCAAGGCAAAUUCAGAAAUUUGGCCAGAAGAUUUUUCCGGUCACAAGAUGAACAAAAAUCUCCACCACUAAUACCAUCUUCUGCAGGUUUCCAAUUUAAUCCAGAUGAUGCUGUACCAGAAAUUUUCGAGUAUCUGCGGAUACCUAGUUUCAGUGGGAAACAUGACAAAUUUGUCAUACAGAUCACAUCAAUAGUAUUAUUUGGACUGAGAAAAGGAUUGUCUGAGAAGUACAUUACCGAUAUAUCUCGUAUUUUCUUAAGACAUAAAUGCCGUGAUCGUAGUGAUCCAUCGCUGUAUUAUAAAUCACUCAUUCAUCUCUGGUCAUUAGAACAGCCAGCAUUUUAUAAUUUAAUUAACAAAGCAUUGGCUGAAGCUAAUCAGGAUGAUUUACAUUUGUUACGCUAUAUUAUUUAUGAUUAUUUUAUGCUGUUUUGGACGAAGGCUAUUCCUUAUUAUGCUGGUAUUUUAUACCGAGGCAUACAUGUACCGGAUGAAAUUAUCAAUGAAUUAUAUGAAUUUAUUGGUAAGACAAUAUGUUUCACAUGCUUUACAUCUACAACAAAAAACAGAAGAAGGGCCGAUCUGGGUGGUAAUGUUUUAUUCAUAAUUGAAACAAUAUCAUCUUACAGACAGGAUAUAGCGGGAAACAAUUCAAAUGCAGAUAUAUCAACUAUCUCACAAUUUCCAGAAGAAGAAGAAGUACUCUAUCCACCUUUGACUUCGUUUAUAUUAAUGGACAUUCAGAAAGAAAAGGAUCUAUAUGUCAUCAGAUUAACAGAAGUUAGUGGUUGCUCCCAUAUGUUAGCGUUUUUUCAUGAUUUGAACAGACGUCGGACACCAAAUAGUGUUUUUACUGGUCUACACUUUUCAUAUCACACAUCAUCUUAUGGUACAUAA